AUGGCUUUAAUACAUUCCAACUUUAACUUCACGGAUAAGCCUUGGUGGAGACCAGAUUAUGAUGAUCGCAAUACCCAGUAUUUCAUCUCAAAUACCGAGCGUCUCCAAAGAGCCAUAUCAUUAUCCGUCGGUAACGAGGAAGAACUCUUUUGGCAAGGUUACAUGGACCUUCAUCGUGAACGUUAUUUGAUCGAAUGCAUUUCAGCAGAAGGCGAUAUAGACCUCGAUGUUAUACGACAGCUAUUGAACAAAUCAUGGUUUAAGAUUUUUCUGAGCUACAUUCGCGAAAUAAUGUUUCCCAGAAUACUUUUUGAUCCUUUUUCACGCUUGGCUAGCUUCAUUUGCAGAAAAAUGUUUGGAAAUUAUAUUCACAGAAUAAUUUUCGGCCCUUCUCGUUCUUCUCGUUUAGCUAAAAAAGUUCAAAACCUCCGCGAUACCAUUAACGGCAUUUUCCCGUACAUCUUCUUUCCCGAUCUUCCAGUGAAUCGCUUUACACCUAUGUUCGCAAAGCAGUUGCACCAACAAGUUGGCAACGGGUUGAUUGACAAUGUGGGUCAGUACAGAACGCAAUAUGUUAUGGCAUCACAAGAUAAUUUUGUUUAUUUGGCACCAAAUUUGAUAGAAAACAAAAUGGAAGUGCUAUUCCGUCAUUGUCGAGAAGAAUUCGCGAAAGAGGACUUGGAAUUAGAGGAAGCUGUCAAAUUUGGGGCGUGUUUUCUUGCUCAUUUCUUGUUUAUUCAUCCUUUUAUGAAUGGAAAUGGGAGAGUGGCUAGGUUACUUUUGAGUUAUUUACUAUCAAGGUUCACUGUGGUGCCACUUUCUUUGUAUUCAGGAACGAAAACACGGGAUGUGUAUUUACAGUGUCUGCGUGAGGCACAGUGGUUUCGUGAACCUCCGUUCCGACCUAGUGCACUUGCCAGUUUUAUACUUGAGAAUAUAUACAAGACAUCUAUCAACAUAUGUGCAGUGAUGGAUAUAGAUAUUCAGAAUGAUUAA